CACUAGAUCCACCAUCUCUUCUGUUGUGGUAAUCAUCCUCCUCCAUCGGGAACAUUGGUACUCAUGACCCAGUUUGUGUUCUGUCUCUCUCCACCUCCCUCAUAACAAAUCCCGGCACCUCAUCCAUAAGUUUUCACUGAUGGUAUCUGCAAAGACUACAGUUUUCUUCUAUUCGCUAAUUGCUCGAUCAGUGCAUCAGUGGUUUCUCUUUGGAUUCUUCUCUCGAUUUGGGCUUUCCGUUUUCUGGCCGAAGCCCUUGUGUUGUAUGACAUGACAGUUACUUUAUUUGCAAUAUACAUUUGCAACACGUCCUCAAGAAUUCAGAUACACCUCCUCUGCAUCAACUCAAUCGAAACACCGAUUGUUUGGGAACUCAAAAGGAUGACAGUGCUGAAGAGGUAUGUGCUGAGGUUGUUCGUAUCACUUAAGUACAUAACAGCAAAUGUCGUGGACAGAAAUAAUGGACGGAUAGUUGCAACAGCAUCAACGGUUGAACAUUCCAUCAAGAACUCAUUGGAGUGCGGCCGGUCUUGCAAUGCCAAGGCAGCAACCGUUGUCGGUGAGGUAUUGGCUAUGCGACUCAAGGUGGAAGGUCUUGAGCAAGGACAGGGAAGAGGGAUUCAUGUUGAUGUAAACAAGGAGGUCGAGAAGAAAGGCUUUAAGAACCGAACCAAGGUCUGGGCUGUUGUCAAUGCCCUUAAGAACCAUGGAGUUAAGGUCGUUCUCGAAGAUAUUGAAGACAAUCCAUCACGGCCAAGUUUCUGAUAUAGUUUUUGACACAGUACAGGGAAAAGAACAAAAGCCAGAUAAUAUAUGGAUGUGUAUCGUAUACUACUCUUGUUUCAUAAGUAAUUUCCAAGCCUGGAAGUUCCACAAUGGAACCCUGCAACUUGGAAAAUAAACAUGUUUCAAGACAUGUUUGAGCUCCAGUUUCAUGUUUCCCUAUAGAAAUGAAAUAUUUUUUUAUGAAAUUAAAUUGAGUGAGAAUAUUAUAUUA